AGAGAGAGAGAGAGAGAGAGAGAGAGAGAGAGAUGAGGGAAGAGUUGAGAAGAUAAGAACUGAAAGCGAAGCAGAAAUUAGAGCAAGAUGGGAUUUGACUGGUGGCCCAUGUUUUGCUGACUCCUUGUAACUAAAUAUGAUUUAUUUAUUUAUUUUUUACUUAAAAUUAGCUUUUAAAGGGUACACAUGGCUGUUAUGGGAGUCAGACCUCAGAACAUAAGACACCAUUAUGCUCCAAUGACUCCAAUGAUUUGACAAUGGAGGGAGUAGUUGUAUCUGAGGAUGCUGAACCCCUGCCUGCUGCUUUCAAAAACAUUGAUGCCCACCAUGGGGAGAGACUGGAACUCCAGCUGCCAGAAGAUGGCUUUCCUUCCAGCACCAGCCCAGAACUUGGCUCCCCUUCUUCACCCCUUAAUCAGCAAGCACAAGGUUCUGCAGUAUCAGCACUCCAGUCCAAGGUCAAGGCUCUCUCUGAGCACAAAGCUGCUUGGAAAGAACCUGGAAACAAGAGCCAGUACAAGAGGAUGGUUCCAGGGACCUUCUUGUUGGGAUACACUCUCACUGACGCUUGGGGUUCCAGCAGCAGUGAUGAGGAUACAGAACAUUGUAAACCUCUGAUGUUCCACUUAGGAGAACCCAAGACUCAGGUAGACCUUGUAGAGAGAGAUCUUGUAGAUUAUGAUCCCAUCUAUUCUGCAGCCAUGCUGGCAAUUCCUUGUGGCCUUGGAGAAGAAACAAGCCUGGAAAACCUCUUGAGUGAUGUCUGUAGUACUCAAAAUGAAGCUUUCCCAUCCAAUAAACCAUGGAUGCCACCGAAGUGCUUCUGUAAAUCCAUUAGGCCAGAGAUGCGGCUUCCAAAUGGGGAUGUAUCAAUGGUGAAAGACGGACCAGUUGGAGGAACCUUACCUUGGUCCAUUGGCUCCAAAAUAGACCACAAGUUUCAAAGGGAACUGCAAAGGUCUGACAGCCUAGAGAGCCACCUAUGCAGGUACAAUCAAAGUGAGGUAGGACCAGCUAUGCUGCAAAGUGGACUCUGGCGGGCCGACAGCUUGGAGAGCAUGUGCAGCAAUGGAAGCUCACUGUCUUUGGCUGAGAGGGUCGAGAUGAACCGCAGCCUUCUCAAACAGAUGCUACAAAAAGCCCAGAACAAAGACGCAGAGGGUGGUCAGGUGCAGAUGCUAAAUAACCCAACACACAUCGGAGGAAGAGGUAUCUGUGGCCUGAAUGCCAAUGAUUGGGAUUCUGCGAUAUCCCUCCAAGGUAGUGAACCAAGCCAAAGGGCCUUUGUGUUGGGCAACGACCUUCCACUAAGCCCUCGCCAUGAGCAAGCCAAACGACUGCUGGAGAGAGCGCGUAUGAAGGCCCGGUCCAACCCUCUCAAAGCCGACCACACCAUCCUACCCAUCCAGAGGGACAACCCGGAGCUGCUCUCCUGGGUUCGUGUACCCUUACACCAGGCUCCUCUUGUGGGGAAGGAAGGCGUGGCAGUGGUCUCAGGAAACAUCAGUGACUCUUCUAGUGGCGACUCUGCAUGUGGAACUCGGCAUAGACACGGUCAAUCCCCUACGCGUGUGCGAUUCGAAGAUGAAUCCGAGAAGGAUGCUGAAGUGCGCUACCUGGAACGACUACGUCAGCGUCGCAGGGCUGGAGAAAGAACACAAGGCCUGUUGGUGUCCAAACCCACCUUGUCCUCAUACAUCAAUGGACAUAGAGAGAUGGGACAUGGCUCGAGUGAUUCAAUAUUCUGGAAGGUAAAAGCCAAAAGGAGCUUAGCGAAUGGCAACGGCCAUUACAAAGGUCCGGUACCAGAGGCGGCAAGCAGACAGUGCGAUUCUUGUGGGCCCUAUUUUAAUGAGGGCAACAGGCCUAGUUUGAACUCGAACUCUCUGUCUUUACCACAAGCAAACGGUGAAGUUGAAGGUAAAACAAUACCUUGCUGGGUGGCUCCCACGCUUCCCAAUCGCCUUGUCCGCAUUGAACAGAUUAAGGAGACUUACAUUGGGACAGCGAGUUCUGUAAUUGUCCAGAGUGAUGGAACACAUUGUAGCCCUGUGAUCAGUGCAGAUAACUUGAGCACAAGAGGAACAUUCCAGAAGCUGAAAAAGAAGGUGAAGAAACUAGAAAGCAAGCAGGAACCCUUGUAUGUCAAUGGAGUCCGAGCUCCAAUGCCUCCAGACUGCAACAAAUUCACACCUAAUGGAACUCAGAUGUGUCAGUCAAACGGAAUAGCAACACUGCCACUCAACCCCUAUGCCACUGAUCCUGGACCAAUGAGGAUAACGGGCACAUGUAGCCCUGUAUCCUGCAUCAAAGGCUCUGUGGCUCCUCCCUUGCCUCCAAAAGGAGAGCCUCCCAGUUCCCACCUUCCCCAGCUGACGAUUCCAACACUACAGCUUAAAAAAUCAGCUCUGAAAUCUAGCUCCAAGAACUGUUCAAGUGGUCAGCGGAUGGAUACACUCAUGUCCUCACCAGAGUACCAUGUGGUGCAUCUGCACUCUUCAGAGGCAGUGGGCACUGUGGGGAGUUGUUUGCAGGAACAGCCUUCUUCUGGGUUGGGUAACUGGGAGGACAGAUCUGUGUUGGCGACUCCUAGCCCCCUUGGGCCCUUAUCUAGAACGAGCCCAGAUAUGUAUGCUCGAAACGUACCCUUUCAGGGCGAAGAAAGGUCUCAAUCAGCAGAUAUGGAACAGCUUCAGGCAACAGGACAGAUGGGAUCUGAUGCAUUAUCUAGCAGUGCUGAUUCAACCCAAACUCAGCUGAAUGAUGGACAUGUCAGAGGGCCAAUCAGACCAGUCCAUCAAAGGGAGAACGGCCCACAAUUGGGUUCAAACACAGAGCAGCGAGAAGGGCGACCCAAACUCUCCCUACGGCGGUUCUUCUCUGCUAUGGGACUGAACAGUAUGGGUCUGCUGGGGAAGGGACGAUCCAGCAGCAUGGACCAGCUCAGCCUGCAUCCUAAACCCAACUCAAACCCAAGCCCAGUCUCACCCUCAACAUCCCCAAGCCCCACACACAAACACCACCACCAGCUGAAGAAAGCUCCCUCGCUGCAGACCAUACGAUUGGGUUCUCCAUUUCUCCAACUGAGGAGAUCCUCGUCGGCUCAAAACCUUCAAUUUUCCAGGAAGAAAGACCGUUCAUUUGCAUAUACACAAGGAGAACUGCCAUGUAGCCCUGUACUGUCCAGGAGUCUCCAGCAUGCCUUGAGUGUAGAGGAUGUGGGCCGGCCAAGUGCAAUUCGCCCAGUGGGACGUGUAACUCAGGCCUUCCCUGAUGGGACCAUCUCGCUGGAGCUCUCCAGACCUCCCAACGGCCCCUUCGGCUUCCUCAUCUCACGAGGCAAAGGCAGGCCAGACUCAGGGGUGUAUGUUGAAGAAAUGGGCGACAGCAAUACUGAAAAGCUCUACGCGGGUUUACUUGGAGUUGGGGAUGAGAUUCUGGAGGUGAACGGCGAAAAGGUUGCAGGACUCAGUAUGGACCUGGUGACCCGUUUAAUGACUCAAAACAGCACCGCUUCUAUCCGUGUGCUCCGGCACCGAAGACUCCAGCGCUAAUUAUGAAGAGCGUAAACUUUGUUUUUUGAGUCUUGUACUGACUUAUAAUGGUCUGUUUGGGUGAUAUCUAGUUGAUAUCUAAUUGAUUACUCAAGACUAUCAGCGCUGAAGUCAGAGAAGAGUUUGUAUAACUGGCAGUGUUACGUUUUGCUGCUCUUUUGAGCUUAGAUGGUCAGAACAUUGUUUUGUGCACUUUUAAGCAAUGAUGUAAAGGAAAGUGACGUUCCUUUAUGCUGUUCUUUUACAGCAGUGGUUCUCAACCUUUUUGACUCCAAGGCCCCCCAUUGUUGGAGAAAAUAUUUGAAGGCCCCCCAUGUUGGGUAUUAGAUAAUUAUAUUAUAAGAUAUUUCUUAAAACUUGUGAUUCCAGAAAUGUCUAGAACUGUAUAUUCUUCAUAAAAAGCAAGCUGUUGAAGGGAGUAUUACAUUUUUUGCAUUAUCAGUAAGUUGAAUUUUAAUAAUUAUAAUAAUCUAUUAUAUUUUAAAUAAUUGUAAGAGAUCUUUAGGCCCCCCUGGAAGUGUGCCAAUGCCCCCUAGUGGAUCCUGACCCCCUGGUUGAGAACCACUGCUUUACAGCACUGUGCAAUAAUGCAUUAAUCUCAAUAAUGCAAGUUAAGCUCAAUCAACAGCAUUUGCGGCAUAAUGUCUAUUACUACAAAAAAUGGACUUGUCCCUUGUUUAUCAAAACAAAGAGAGCAAAAAUUGCAGUUACAAUUAGGCACUUGCUAUGGAAGUGAAUGGGGCCAGUCUAAAAUUAUUAAAAUACACACGAUUCAAAAGUAUAGUCACAGGAUGUAAAUAUUAUACAUGUUCACAUUAUGUUAGUGAUAAGUCAAGCAUUUUACGGUGUUUACCCGACAACAGAGUUACCUGCAUUACAUUUUCAUGAAAACAAAGUUGUAAUAAUGGUUAUAACUUUACAUAGAUAAGGUCAGUAAGCAAUUUUAUCACACUAAAAUCAUACUAUCACACUAUUUUUUUUAUGUCUUGUGGCUAUACUUUUGAAACUGUGUGUAUUUUUAUUGGCUGGCCUCAUUCACUUCUGUUGUAAGUGCCUUACUGUAAACAAGAUUUUAGCUUUAUUUAAUAUUCGGAUAAAUGAACGAGGGAUGAGUACAAAUUGUUUUUGUGAUAUUCAACAUUCUACAAAUGCUGUCAAUUGAGUUUAACUUCUAUUCAACCCGGAACAUUCCUUUAAGCUUACGUUAUAAUGGCAAAUAUACAGUGAGUUUUCUAUGGUACCUCAAAAAGACCUACAUUUUAUACAACUAGAAUGCUACUAUAUAAAAAUGUAUAUAUUUUUUAAUUCAAUAUUAUAUUGCUGUGGUACAAUUAAAUGAAUGAAUGACAAGUGUACUUCAAGUACUGAAGAUACAUUUACUAUAAACAGAUUAUGAAGAACUGAAGUAUUAUUGUAAAGGACAAUGUCAAUGCAUCUAGGCUUAAAUGUGUAGGCCAAAAUGACCAACGAAAGAUUAAUGAUCUUUUUAUAAUUCAAUUAUUCAUAAAAUUUUGUUUUCCAUUUCAUUCAGAGCCUCAGUUGCUUUUGCAUUCAGACUUCAAAAAGUCUCCAUGCUGCUGACAAAUACACAGAACUAUGUUGUGCUCAAUGCAAAAUGGUUUAAAUAUUCUCUUUAAAAUGCUCACCAGCAUAGAGCUCAACACUCAAGCUGUAAUUGCAUUGAUCUUGAACUCCAAAUGCUCUUUAGCAAAUUGGCUCAAUAUCUCUCCACGAGUCAGCAUAUUGUAAUGCCUCUGCAGUGCAAUCCAACACCAUUGGUGUGCUGUCUUAAGGAUAUCAGUAUUACAGUGCACGCAACACGAAAAGCUACCAACCUAAUGUAUUUUGUUACAUUUAUAUAUGUGCUCCUAUAAAAUGGCUUUUGUGGGAUAGCUUUGCUUUUUCAUUCUAAGAUUUGUGUGCUGGAAGAUAUCAAUUUAAAUAUGAAAUAACCUUGUAUGUUGUUUGAUUUACAAUUAAGCAUUAUUCUUUGUUGUGAAUACAGUCAGGGCUGAGGGCAUUGUUAUGCCAUGAUUUUGCUCUUUUUACGCCUCUUAUCCACACUGUUUUCCUCCACCGAAAUCAUUCCAUAACCCAGGGGGUAACCACCGAAAUCAUUCCAUAACCCAGGGGGUAACCCCCCCAUAAUCAAAACAAGCAAGUACAACCCUCUCCAAUAUUUAUACCAUGAUCAUAUCCCUAUUAUAUUGCCUAUGUGCGUAUUUAUGUUACUAUGGUGCAAACAGACCUCAGUGUUCAAAAGGGCUAUAGAGUUAUCUUCAAACGCCUGGACUAAAUGCAUUAAUAUUUUGGUAAGUUUCAAUAAAUAUAUUGAAUACUUUGCUCAGCAAUAUUCUCU